AUGGUCAAAGCUUUAAUUGCAGUAACUAGUUACAACGGUGUCUUCUACGACGAUGGUAAGAAGACAGGACUCUUUGUAGUGGAGGCAUUGCAUCCCUACAACGUAUUCAAAUCGAAGGGAAUCGAUGUCGAUUUCGCUUCUGAGACUGGAACAUUCGGGUUCGAUGAACAUUCACUUGAGAAGGACUUUUUGAAUGGUUCUGAUUUAGAAGCGUAUAGUGACAAGAAUUCUGGAUUUAGACAAGGUCUUGCUCACAUCAAGAAAGCAUCUGAUGUCAAUGCAGAUGAUUAUGACAUCUUUUUCGCUUCUGCUGGUCAUGCAACUAUGUUUGACUAUCCGACGGCUAAAAACUUGAAAGCUAUUGCUCUGAAGAUUUGGAGCAAGGGAGGAGUUGUGGCAGCCGUAUGCCAUGGACCAGCAAUUUUUGAAAACUUUGAUGAUCCAAAGACUGGAAAGCCACUUAUCCAGGGAAAGACCAUAACUGGGUUUACAGAUGAGGGAGAGAAGAUCUUGAAGGUCGACGAGAUUAUGAAGAAGAAUCAUCUACUUUCAAUUCAGGAUGUUGCAAAGAAGUAUGGUGCAAGUUAUAGUGCGCCGAAGGGUCCUUGGGAUGAUUACUCUAUUACUGACGGAAAGCUUGUGACAGGUGUUAAUCCAGCCUCGGCAGCUUCAACUGCUCUAAAGGCCAUUCAACAAUUGUCUACUUAG